GUGCGAAUAUCAAACCUUUUUCGGUCGUCACAUAGUUCACGUUCCACUUCACCUCACACACACCAUCGCUUGCAACCAUCGUUUUACAUUAUGUCAGAACCGUCCAAGAACCCCGAUCCUCCUAAGAAACCAGAGCCUCGAACAGCAGGCGCGGCAAAUACCAAGGAAAACGUCUUCAACCUGCCCGACUAUCCCGAGGAUGAGCCGGGUGCUGCCAACGAGGAUCCUAGCGAGGAGAAGAUCGGCUUCACAGAAGCACUGAAGAUGAAAAGUAAAGACUGGGCGAAGGCUGCGAGGCGCAAGAGCGGACAGAUCCUGACAGGUUUUGGCGGCAAGAAGGAUGAAAAUAAGAAGGAUGAAGACAAGAGGGAUGGAGACAAGAGGGAUGAAGACAAGAGGGGUGGAGACAAGAGGGAUGAAGACAAGAGGGAUGAAGACAAGGGAUGGAGACAAUAAGGAUGAAGACAAUAAGGAUGAAGACAAGAGGGAUGGAGACAAGAGGGAUGAAGACAAGAGGGAUGGAGACAAUAAGGACGGGUUGAGAGAUGGU